AUGGACUCCACGGCAGCCGAAACCUUUUCUACCUCUUUUUCUUACCUCGUGCUGACCGCUGGAUCCGGUCUGUUCCGAAUGUAUUUUGUGCCCUCUCUUGACCUUUGCAGCUGGUCCUAUUUCAUACGAAAACUGCUAAAUCCGCAUUCUCCUCUGUCAGAUUUAACCUUGCCAGAUGAUUUACAGGCUCGUUUCAUAUCUAUCGAGUAUUGUCGUGAUACCGAUCGAAUCUGUCUUGGUGAUACAAUAGGCAGGAUUUUCAUUUACCAGCUACCAUGCAGCGAUAGGGAUUACGCAAAUGCAUUGAUAGAUGCCCCUACCUUUUCCAUGUUGGAUAACACAUUGCCGCAGUCGCAGUGGUCUGUACCAGGAAAUUUCACUAAAGUGCCAUCUACACCACCUCCGGCUGGUUUUGGCUCCAAUGCG